GCUGCGGCGGCCUCGCCCCGCCUUUCAAGGCUGUACGUCAGCGCAGCACGACGCUGCGCCCGCCGGAUGACGUUGUGGCGGUGCCGCAGGAGAACUGAAAGCCGCGUUUACACAGGUCACACACUGGGCCAGUGACUGACCCUGGGCUUUCACGUGCUGCAGGAGGAAUGGUGGCCAAGGGCAGACUGCUUGGCCUGCUCUGGCAGCGUGUGGUGACAGGGGCUGCCCUUGAGAGCCGCCGCCAACUGUAUAUGUCCUCCCAGCGGGCUGAUUGCAACAGAGCCUCACUCACUCGAGUGCACCGGCAGACCUACGCACGCCUCUACCCUGUGCUCCUGGUCAAGCAGGAUGGUUCCACCAUCCACAUCCGCUACCGGGAGCCCCGACAGAUACUCACAAUGCCCGUGGACCUGGACUCUCUGUCCCCAGAGGAGAGGCGUGCACGGUUCCGGAAACGAGAGGCCCAGGUCAAAGAGAAGGAGGAGGAGCCAGAGCUCGGUGACGACUUCGAUGUGGAGCAGUACAAGCAGUUUUGGACCAAAAAGUGAUGGUGCCUGGAAGCUGCUCUGACCGAGGGGGAUGCUAUGGAGCAGGGAGGGGCAUGUGUCUUUAAAUCAUGUGUUCACGAA